CUAGCCAAGUUCCCAUACUGUAUGUAUACUGUGGUGGAGGAAUGGCAAUCUGGCAACUGGCAUUAGGAAAACAACCUACUUUUACAAGCAAUAAGAAACGUUUUCUAUCUGUAUAAUAAUAAUUCAUUAUUUAUUUACUUUGCAGUAUUAAUAAUUAAACGAAAGUAUACUGUUUAUUUCUUUUAUACCAAAUGGAUAAAGAGAUGGCGACAAUUGAUGUUGAACAGGAGGUCAAUAGCAGCCACCAAGAACCAGCGCCAGAGUGCAGCACUGUUCACUCUCCAACCAAUGAUGAUGAUGAUGAUGAUGAUGGGCGACAACAUUUAGGCAAUUUUUGUCAAAUAAUCAUCAAAGAGGAAUAUGGGCCGGUGCCUGGACGCAAAUCAAUUGUCUCGUGGGUGAACACAUUCAGGGAGAAUUCACAUUCAGUCGCUCAUGUGGGCAUAUCAUCCGCAGUAAAAAAAGGAAGUGCAGAAAAAACCGGUGCAGGAGGUCAUUAG